UGAUUUUCUGGAUGAAAUGUUGGUUGAAACAUCAGAUCUUUCUAUAUUUUGUUUUUUCAGUAAAAUAUUUGAGGACCAAUUUCAUAUGUGUCUAGAAUUUCCAGCUCAAACUAGAUAUAUCAUUGCCUUUCCAUUAAUUUGCAGUCAUUUUAUGAAUUGCACGCAUGAACUAUGUCCUGAAGAGCGUAUUCAUAUAGGAGAUAGAAGUUUGACCAUGGUUAAUGCAUUCCUGGAUGAAAUGUCCAAAGAAGCUAAGAACAUUAUUACAACGAUAUGUGAUGAACAAUGCACUCUCAGUGAUAGAUUACUACCAAAACACUGUGCUCCCCAAAUUGCCCAAGUAGUAAAUAAAAAAAGAAGAGAUAAGAAAAAUAAAGUAGUACAAGAAUUAGACAAACCUGGAACAGAAAGUUAUCGAAGAACACGAGAAGAACUUACAACAAUGGACAAACUUCAUAUGGCAUUGACUGAAUUGUGCUAUGCAAUUAAUUACUGCAGUACGAUCCAUGUUUGGGAACAUACUUUUGCACCUAGAGAAUAUCUAUCGCAGCAUCUAGAAAGUAGAUUUAAUAAGGCUCUUGUUGGAAUGGUAAUGUAUAAUCCAGAAAAUAACGAAAUAGCUAAACCAUCAGAACUUUUAAGUAGUGUACGAGCAUACAUGAAUGUUCUACAAAGCAUUGAAAACUAUGCAGAGGAAGCGGAGGAAAAAUGGAAGGUACAAAGAGAUAGAUAUAUGAGAGAAAAAAAUUAAUAAAACGUAGCACCUGUUAGUGGUAGUGGCAUUUCCUAUUUGGCCAGAAUUUUUACACGUGUGUGUUCUGGCGUAAAACAGAAACUGAACUGAAAGCUGAUUUCUGAUUCAAUUUUCUGCCACACAAUAUUAUGCAUGUGUGUUCCUGGCCUUAUUUUAAUUUGUAUUAUAUUAUACAUUUAGAAAGGUACUGUUUUUAUAUAUUUGU